AUGACUGAAAGAUGUCAAACGAAGUUUAUAGAAAAAUUUGAUAAUAGAAUUUAUAUUAUUUACGGAGGAAUUGUUGUCGCUUUAUUGGCGAUAUUAUUAGCUUACAGAUUUCAUCUGAUUACAAUCAUAGUAAGCUAUGGGCUGGGAUGUGUGGCUUGUUAUUAUGGAUUAAGUUCAAAUUAUUUGCAAAUGUUUAUUGAACACUUGACUUGUCAUUUUGCUAAAAGGCUGUCUAAUGAAGACGAAGAAACCAAUGACUCUUUCGACACAAUUAAUGGUUGUGACACAUGUGGGUCAAAGAAUUGCGACCGCCAUGAUCCGGAAAUAUCACCAGAGCCAUGGGCUAACUUACAAGUGCAUAAACAACUAGAUCAGGCUAUAGAAGAUUUUUAUAAUUCAAUUUUAGAACAAUUUAUUAACACAUGGUAUAGCAAAAUAACACUUCAGCCAUUUUUUGUGGAUGAACUGCGACACCAGCUCAGAUAUGCAUCUGCAUCUUUGUUGAGAAGAGCUCUCAAGAUAGAUUACAACAGAUUAUUAUUUGAUCGUCUCAUACCAUGUGCACUAAGGCAUUACACAGUGAGCACGGCGGGUGCCCGUCAGAGCGUACACGUCGCCGCAAGCAACCGUGCGGCGGAGAUGAAGUACUUGAGAUGUGUGACGGAGGCCAUCCUCCCGCAUCUCAUGAGGAAUACUGAAGCGAAUAAUGGUGUAUUUCGUGUGUUAAUUCGCGAGAUAUUCGCGGGGUGGGUGCUGUUGUCACUAACUGACUUACUAGCGGACCCGCAUAUACUGAACACGUUGAUUGUGUUAGCGACCGGCGAUGAGAAAAUGGCGGACUUGCCGGCUACACCUAAUUAUAAGGUGGAAUUCCUUGAAAACUUUGUCCGGCAGUCAGAGUCCUUGUACUGCGCUAGAGCGAAACUCCUACGAAUUGAUUUGGAACUACUGUUGAAUAAUCAGGACCACUUCUACGCUCUUCUGCAUCACUUAAAAACAACAACCGAUAUAUAUCUGUUGCAGUUUUAUAAAGAUAUCAAAUCAUUCCAAACCCGGGUACUGAACCCAGAGCCAACGGACGAGGAGCAGAGCGCGCUGCGUGACGAGGCACUCGCCCUGCUCGGCCGCUUGCAGGCGCCGCGCCUCGUGCCCGCCGCGCUGCUGCGCGAGCUGCGCGCCGACCUGGCGCAGGCCGCGCACUGUGUGCAGCUAUUGCAAACAAGUAGAGCUCUGUACCAAGCGGCGCGUCAGUCUCACGCUGCUUUAGAGAAAAUUAUGCUACCAAAGUUCUUACAUAGUGAGGAGUUUUACAAAUUGUAUAUUGGACCAAGAAUACCAACUGGAUAUCAAAAGCAAAUGACUAAAAGACCACAAGAUAAACUAAACAUGUUAAGAUUAGGGAUCAAGUUAAAAAACGCCAUCAAGUCUCAAGUGACAGACGGACAAAUACUAGAAACAAUAGAUACGGAUAUGGACGAGGGAGAGUCUAUGGAAAAUAUGGAUAUAUUGAAAUACUUGGACUCUUUAGCCGCUGACGAUUCUACGCAGGACUUGAGCACUUACAAAGUGGUUUUGACCAACGUGGAGUGUAGACUGCAAGCGCCGCCUCGCCGCGGGCCGGUGCGCGUGUUCACGCUGGCGGUGCACCGCGUGCGCGCCGCGCUGCCGCCAGCGCUGUGGAGCCUGGAGAGGAGCGAGCACGACUUCCACCUCCUGAGGAGCAAACUGCUCGAGUUCCACGGGGAGACCCUGCUGGUUGAGCUGCCUCUGCCUUCUAGAAGAGACAACAGUCCGUUAGAGAACCUCCGGUACAAAUACGAGGACUUUAUCCAGCGCUUGCUCCUCAUCUCGCUGCUGCAGACCAGCGAGCUGCUGCACCUGUUCCUCACGGUGGCCGGCGACUUCGCGGCCCUCGUGCAAGCCUCUACCCUGGCUUCGGGACCAGACCUGGCCAACAUAUACCAGAAUGUCGCCCACAAGCUAAGAAAGGAGAAGGGACAGCAUCUAGACUCGUUCCUGAGGAACUUUCUAGUGUCCUGUGAUAAGGAGAGAUAUCAGGCGUUGAAGCAAGGGACGCCCCGAGACGUGGAAGAAGCCCACGAAGUAAGCGAAGAAGAGAACGAACAGAAAAUACCAAAACGUCAAAGAAACGUGCGGAAUAUACACAAUUCGAUAUUCCUGAACAACUUCGACACAGAGCCGGUUGUGAUGGAAACGGACCUCACCUAUCAGGCGACGGUUGUGGGAAUUGAACAAUGUAUUAUGUAUAUAUUGACGAACAUAGUGUGCGCGCACCGAGCGGUGCGCGGCGCGGCGGGCGGCGCGCUGCGGGCGGCGCGGCGCACGCUGGCCGCCGCCGCCGCCGCCGCCGCGCGCGCCGCGCUCUGCCAGCGCCGCCUCGCGCACCUCGUCCGGCUGGGGCAUGGUAUACUGUUCGGCAAGAAGGCGAGCGGGCGCGCGGAGGCGCUGGCGCAGCGCGAGCGCGCGCGCCGCCGCCUGCCGCGCGCUUUGCACGUCGCCUUCGAGCUGCUGCAGUGUCCGCAGCUCAACAAGCAGUUGGUGUACAGUUUACUGGACCUGUGUGUUAUGGAAUUAUUCCCCGAAUUGCUUAAAACUGAAACCAACAUAACUAAUAGU